GGACGUAUGUAUACACAGUUUUUAUAUCGGAUAGUGUUUAGUUUGCAUUUUAUCAACUCGUAAACUUAUUGAAGAUAUUCAAAUUGAAUGAAGGGAUGGAAUACUCUAUACACUCGAUAUGUCGCAUUUGCUUGAACCAUUUGCGAAAAGAUCCGGCAUACGACCUGUUUCUUGUCCCUGGCCUGGCCAAAAAACUUUGCGUGUGCACUUCACUCUCAGUGGAACAGAACGAUGGUUUCCCAAAAAACCUUUGCGGCGCCUGUCAUACAAGGCUCAACGACUUACACGAUUUUCAAAAGCUUUGUGUUGAUUCCGUACAAAAGUUUAAAGAAAUGGUCGCUAACAAUUACUUUGUUCCAGUUAUGAGCGAUGUUGACAAAGUGACUGUAAUCAAUGAUCCAAUGGUUGAUGGGGACAUGGAUGAGGAUCGCUUCGAUCCACUUCUAAAUACUAAAAUAGAGAUUGUGGAGGAUGAUGUUUUUAAAAUGCUGGAUGAUGUGGAUAAAGAAGUUCAGGAGGUUGAGAAGCAACUCUCAAGCGAGAGCGAAUGUGAUAACUAUGACGAUCCAGAGUUUGAAAUCAUGCUCAUUCAGAACUUUCCGCAGUCCAUGCCUGCUCUGUUGAGGGAUGUGGCAUGA